CCACCAAACUCGGCUUACUCUUCAGACGACUCCCAAAAGUUUUUUUCUUCCCUCCCCCACAAAUCUACACCUCUUCGUCUCUCACGAAACCUCACCUCUCUGCCAGUUCCACCUCCCCCCACGAACUAUUACGAAAAAGCACUUCACUGUGCUGUUUCUUGUUUCCUUUUCUCCUCGCUCUGACCAAAUAGACUCUUGGUGACCGCCACUACCUCUCCUCCGGGUUGUACACCUUAUUUCCCAAAAACACCUUUCCCACAAACACCACAGAGCCGGCACUCUUCCGCACAUCAUGGCCGACCAACAGGAACCUAACAAUGUCGAACUCGCGGCUGAGGCUGUCAAUGCGAGUCAAAAUGAAGAAGUUGCACCGGAACCCCCGGUCCAGGACUUAUUCCAAUUGGCCGUCAAGCUACCUCAUGCUCCUCAUCAGAUCCAGAUUAUGGUGUCUACCCAAGAACAGGUGCAAGAUAUCCGCCAGUCGGUCAUCGAGCUCCCCGGCACCUACCAAUACUCUUGCUUCCACCUGGAACACGACGGGGUGCGAAUCAAUGACUACGUCGAACUUUCGGAGGUGCCCGGAAUCGCGCCGAACUCCGAGCUUGUCCUGGUCGAGGACCCGUACACAGAGAAGGAGGCUAGAAUACAUCUUCUCCGGACACGAGAGUUGAUUGGCGCUGCGUCGGCUCGUAUUGACACCGCCGGCGGAAUUGCUGCGGGAAUGGCGCUCUUUGACGGCGUCGAUACUGUCUGCGAAAACACCUCUCACCCAUUAAGCAACUAUGAUUUCAAUGCCCCUGCGUCGCUGGACCAGUUCCUGCCCCCUACAUCGAAAACAACGGCCCCCAAGUGCGUGAGGGGUAUCUGCCUCUCGCCAUGGAACCCCCCUCCAUACUACCUCAGACAGAAGGGGCACUUGAUUUACAUCCAGUGCGCUACGCUGGAGGGAGAGCAGGUUCACAUCACUUCGCACGUUUCCGGAUUCUAUGUCAACAACUCGACUGGCCAGAAGUUUGACCCGACACCACGAACCAAACCCAAGACCAUGCAGGCACACUCUCUGGUGACCCUUCUUGGCAUGAUAAGCCCAUCGUUCGAGAAGGAGUUCCAGGCCCUGCAGGAGUUCAAUUCCACCAGAGAUCCUCUGAUCACCUUCGGACCCACUAAUGCCAUUCCCGCGUCUCCAUGGUUGGUUCCCGGCGCAGAUGCUCAGCACAAGGCACACUCUGCCGACCUGGCCCGUCCGCAAGAGCAAUACUUGAUCGCAGGCGCCGAGGGUGUUGACUCUCUCCGCGACUUCAACGAGGAGUUCCAGUCCACUAGGGAGUUGCCAAGGGACUCUGUCCAGGAGCGCGUUUUCCGUGAGCGGUUGUUGUCCAAGCUUUUCGCCGACUACACCGAAGCCGCUGUUCGUGGUGCCGUCCUGAUCGCCAAGGGCGAGAUCGCUCCCCUGAACCCUACCGAGGGCCGCGAUGCUCAGAUCUACGUGUACAACAACAUCUUUUUCUCACACGGUGCCGAUGGUGUUGGUACGUUCACCAGCGACGGUGGUGAUGAGGCUGCCCGUGUAGCUACUGGAAAGGACGUCAUGGGUGUCAAGGCUGUCAACUCUCUUGACAUUCCCGGCCUCCAGACCCCCGGAACCGUGGUUGUGGACUACCUCGGACGUCGUUUGGUCGCGCAGAGCAUUGUCCCCGGCAUCUUCCGCCAGCGUGAGGAAGGCCAGAGCCAGAUUGACUACGGUGGAGUUGAGGGCAAGGACAUUGUCGCCACGAACGAGGAGUUCGUGCCGCUCUUUGACAAGAUGAGCAAGGCCAUGCGCGUGAAGCCCCACUCCGUCUGGGACAAGGAGGGCAAGAAGCACGACCUUGUCGCCUCGGUUGAGACCAAGGGUCUGCUGGGAACUGAUGGCCGGAAAUACGUUCUCGACUUGUACCGUAUCACGCCUUUGGAUAUCGAUUUCAUUGAGAAGCACUGGAAGGGCGUCGAUGACCCAACCGGCUACCCUCAUAAGAUGGCUGUCCUCAGACAAGAGCUUGUCGAAGCUUUCUGGAAGCUGAAGAUGAGGGAGUACGUUAGUGCCCAGGUCAAGGCUCGCCAGGAGGCUAGAGACCAGGCGGACAAGGAGAAGGCUGAGGUUAAGGAGGGUGAGACUAAGGAGGGUGAGGCCAAGGAGGGUGAGGCCAAGGAGGGUGAGGCCAAGGAGGGUGAGGCUAAGGAGGGCGAGACUGCUGAGAAGAUCGAAGAUAAUGAGGAGGAUAAGAAAGCGGAGACUCAGGACGACCGCAUUGACAUCUCUGGAUUCGACUUCGCUCUCAACGCAGAUGUGUGCAGCGGCCAGGAACCUCAGACUGAGGAGGAGAAGGCACAGUGGGCGGCUGACGAGAAAGAUGUCCAAGAUGCAUGUGCUUUCUUGGUUGAGAAGUGCAUCCCUGGCUUGAUUGAGGACCUCAAGGAGGGCGACGUUGGAUCCCCAAUGGACGGUCACUCCCUCACUCGUCUCAUGCACAAGCGUGGUAUCAACAUCCGCUACCUCGGAUCGCUCGCCACUCUCGCCAUCGAGCAGGGCUCCAAGCUUGCUUCUGUCAAGAUUUUGGCUGUCCAGGAGAUGAUCGCCCGUGCUGCUAAGCACAUUCUUAACGCUCUCCUCCGUGGACUUCCCGGCCCUUUGGCCGCGUACGCUAUCUCACACUUCCUCAACUGCUUCCUCGGUGCUACCGUCAACCCCAGCCCCCAGGUCGUCAAAGACGAGGCUCUGUGGAAGCUUUACCACGACGCCGACUUUAGCUUUGAGAGUCUGACCAUUGAGAGUCUUCGGGCCCAGAUCCAGAAGGAGGUGCAACGUCGCUUCCGCUACGAGCUUGAGGAGAACUGGGAAGCCAGUAUUAAACACCUCCAGAUGCUCCGUGAGAUUGCUCUAAAGAUUGGUCUUCAGCUCCAGAUCAAGGACUAUGAGUUUGGUCCGGCUAAGCUCGAGACUUCCAAGGUCAACAACGAUGCUCCCGCUCCCGCUACCAAUGGCAACGGAAAGGGUAAGAACAAGAAGAAGGGUUCUGUACCUAGUGGAGCCUCGAGCCCGGUCUACAAGGGACCCACCACGACGUUUUCUCCCGAGGACAUCAUGAACAUUGUUCCCCUUGUCAAGGAUUCUUCUUCCAAGAGCCAGUUGGCCGAGGAGGCUCUUGAAGCUGGUCGUAUUUCGAUCAUCCAGGACCAGAAGGAGCUCGGACAGGAACUUCUGCUUGAAUCUCUGUCUCUGCAUGAGCAGAUCUACGGUGUGCUCCACCCCGAGGUUGCCCGCGUCUACAACACCCUCUCUAUGCUGUACUACCAGCUCGACGAGAAGGCUGCUGCCGUCGAACUCGCUCGCAAGGCUGUCAUCGUCUCGGAGCGAACCCUCGGUGUCGAUUCGACUGAAACCAUUCUCAACUACCUCAACCUUGGCUUGUUCGAGCAUGCCAACGGUGAUACCAAGGCUGCCUUGGCGUACAUCAAGCACGCCUUCGGCUUUUGGAGAGUCAUUUACGGUGACGGCCACCCAGACUCGGUCACCACCAUGAACAACACCGCUGUAAUGCUGCAGGCCCUGAAGCACUACACCGACUCCCGCAAAUGGUUCGAAGCCUCCCUCGCCGUCUGCGAGGACAUCUUCGGCAAGACCUCUGCCAACGCCGCCACCCUCUCCUUCCAGCUCGCCCAAGCCCUCGCUCUUGACAACGACUCUAAGGGCUCCGUUAACCGCAUGCGCGAUGCUUACAACAUCUUCCUUGCCGAGCUCGGCCCCAAUGAUCGCAACACCAAGGAGGCUGAGAACUGGCUUGAGCAGUUGACACAGAACGCCGUCGCCCUCGCCAAGCAGGCCAAGGAAACCGCUGCCCGCAGAAGACUCAUGAAGCCCCGCGUCACCAUGUCUGUGAAACCUCAGUCGCAGGUUGGUCAAGGCACUGUCUCCUCCACCGGCCGCCUCGCCGAUUCGGCUACUACUGGAUCCGGCAUGGGUGGAAUGGACAGUCGCAGCAUCGACGAGCUGCUCAAGUACAUCGAGGGUGCCGAGACCCAGGGAAAGCCCAAGAGGAUCACUGGAAAGGCUAACCCCAAGCGACGUGGCGCUUCAUCGAGGAAGUAAAUAGUCUGAGAGCUCGUCAGAAGUUCCAUUUAUCACGCCGUGAAUAUUGUAUAUUUCCUGUUUUCUCUUUUUCUAAGUAUUUCUGGUUAGGCGUCUAAAAGAAACUGUGUAUAGCCUGAUGGAUGGAUUGGUUGGGACGGGUGGGGACGGGUGGUGGGGCAUGUACAUUAGGGACGGAUAUGAACGGGUUUCUGGAUACCUUAAAAAGCUUUUCGGAGGGUGCUGGGG